GGCUAGCCUUCCCAACGCCCCACCCCGUGAUUCCGCCCAUCAUGGCGUCGUACUAACGCCUGAGGCGUGUUGACGUCCGGCGGGCCGUAGUCCAACUUGCCACCACGAGAACGCACCGAUGGCGGACGCGGCUAGACGACGUUAUCUCAGAUCCACGCUGCUUCCGUUGCUUCUGCUCCUGCUGUGUAGUAAUGGCGAUACCGGCUUAGACGGGUGGAUCCGAAACCGCAGCAGCAGCAGAGUGGCGGGCAUUGCGUGGCCACAGUGGAUCCACGUUGUUGCGGCUGAGCCGCGACUGCACAAGUCGCAAGUGGCGCCUCUGGCGGCGUGCGCGGCGGCAUGGGGCGUGACGUUCAUGGACCCCUCGGACCCCACGGACUGCGGCAUAGCCAUCAACAUCACAUGCGAUGCCACAGGCAUGGUCGACUGGAUGGUACUGAACAGCGGCGGCAUAGCCGGGCCCAUCCCUACCAGCAUUGGCGGCCUCAUUGCGCUCACCCACCUCGACCUGGACAACAAUGCGUUGACCGGCGCCAUCCCCCCCACCAUCAGCCAGCUCACCAGCCUCCAACAUCUUGAUCUGAGCUACAACCAGCUCGCUGGCUCCAUCCCCACUGCCAUCGACAGCCUGCUCAGCAUCACGGAACUCAACCUUCGCAACAACAGGCUGAGUGGCAGCAUACCGGCAGUCAUCGGAAAUCUCACCACACUCAAUGACAUCUUCCUGUCGUCCAACCGCCUCAGCGGCUCCAUCCCAGCUCAGAUUGGCAACCUGCACCGCCUCUCCACCUUGGACAUCGUAUCCGGCAAUCAGCUGUCUGGCAUUGCACCGCCUGUCCUCGGAGGCAUCCCUCUCGGAGCACU